ACGGAGCCCCAAGCAUUAUCUGCUUAGGCUAGAAGUGAACUAUGACUCACUGGUAAUUUUAAAUUGUAAUAAUGAGCCUGACAUUGCUCCACCCGGAUCCAUUUCUCAGAUAAACACCAACCUAGGGGCAACUGCCCUUCUACAGAAAGGAACCCAACAAAGUUAGUUACUAAUUAGAAAAAAUCACCCAAUUAUGCUAACUUGCUGAGGCUGGCAAGCCGGACUUUACUCUAUGUAGGCAGAAUUUCAUAGAACACCCUUGAGAAUUGUCUAUAAAAAGGCCAACAGAAACCAUCAGGGUCAGAAGGCACUCCGUUCUGACUUUGAAGAACACAGCUCUGUGACACGCUUGCCCCGGGAUCAUGUCUCUUCGCUUUUCCAGUGGAUCCAGGAGGUCCUAUGCCCGUCCCAGCACAGGGUCACUCAGGGGAGCCAGCUUUGGCUCUGGGAAUACUUGUGGCGUAGCGGGCAUUGGAAGUGGCUUCGCCUGCGCCUUUGGGAGCAGCUCCACAGGAGGAAACGCGGGGGUGGCCAGCUCCUGUGCUGGCUUCACCGUGAAUGAAGGGGGCCUUCUCUCCGGCAAUGAGAAGGUGACCAUGCAGAACCUCAAUGACCGCCUGGCCUCCUACCUGGAUAACGUACAAGCGCUGCAAGAGGCCAAUGCUGACCUGGAGCAGAAGAUCAAAGGCUGGUAUGAAAAGUUUGGACCUGGGUCAUGUCGUGGUCUCGAUCAUGACUACAGUAGAUACUUCCCGAUCAUCGAUGACCUUAAAAACCAGAUCAUCACUUCAACCACCAGCAACGCCAACGCUGUUCUACAGAUUGACAAUGCCAGGCUGACAGCUGAUGACUUCAGACUCAAGUAUGAAAAUGAGCUGGCUCUCCACCAGAGCGUAGAGGCUGACGUCAACGGGCUGCGAAGAGUUCUGGAUGAGAUCACCCUGUGCAGGACUGACCUGGAGAUUCAAUACGAAACCCUGAGUGAGGAGCUGACUUACCUCAAGAAGAACCACAAAGAGGAAAUGCAGGCCCUGCAGUGCGCGGCUGGAGGCAAUGUGAACGUGGAGAUGAACGCUGCCCCUGGUGUGGACCUCACGGUCCUGCUGAACAACAUGCGAGCCGAGUACGAGGCCCUGGCUGAGCAGAACCGCAGGGACGCCGAGGCCUGGUUCCAGGAAAAGAGCGCUUCGCUGCAGCAGCAGAUCACCGAGGACGUGGGUGCCACCACCUCAGCCAGGAACGAGCUGACCGAAAUGAAGCGUACUCUCCAAACCCUGGAAAUUGAACUUCAGUCUCUCUUAGCCACGAAACACUCGCUGGAGUGCUCCCUGACCGAGACCGAGGGCAACUACUGCACACAGCUGGCUCAGAUCCAGGCUCAGAUCGGCGCCCUGGAGGAGCAGCUGCACCAAGUCAGGACUGAGACCGAGGGCCAGAAGCUGGAAUAUGAGCAACUGCUGAACGUCAAGGCCCACCUGGAGAAGGAGAUCGAGACCUACUGCCUCCUCAUAGGGGGAGAUGAAGGGGCUUGUAAGUCUGCCAGUUAUAAGUCUAAAGAUUAUGGAUCUGGAAAUGCUGGAAAUCAAAUCAAAGAUUCAGCCAAAGCCAUAGUGGUUAAGAAAGUUCUAGAGGAGGUGGACCAGCGCAGCAAAAUACUCACCACUAGGCUCCACUCCCUGGAAGAGAAAUCUCAAAGCAAUUAACAAAGAUCAUAAGCAAAAAAAAAGUCAAAACCUCAGAGAAUACAAGGCAUGAAAUGCGUCUGGGAAAUGAGCAAGCCUAUGAAGAAUGUCUGUCCUGUUGCCUUCUGUUCCUUUCUGUUUCUGAGCCAUCAGCAGCAGAACUCCCCAUCCGUCUGGAGAGAUGUCACGUGCAAACGUGAAGGCUCACCCGAUUACCCCACAGCUGUCUGUUAGCAGUUCUUUACUGUCAAUAAACCUUCCUUGAGCAACUGA